AUGACUUUUCAAGCCGUCUCGGCUCAACCGGGAACAGGUCCCCUUGGCCGGUCGGCUCUUGUGCGUCAAGCAACCCACGACCAGGUUCUAACUAACCAUGUGAUCAAGAAUAACACCCAGAGAUCCUGGACAAGGUGUUUGGCUGCUUGCCUAAAUGAGGACAGGUGUGUCUCCAUUAAUUACGGGGAUACCGGAGGCAUCUGUGAACUGAAUGCCAGCCACAGAGAGGCCCAUCCUGGUGACGUAGUGGAUAAAGAGGGGUGGAGGUACGGAACGCAGGAGAGGUCACCAGUGGUUGAACUACAUAAAAACAAGUUUCAACCAAUCGACUGCUGGGACAUUCAAACUAAUUCACCCUUUAGCAUCAGCGGUGAGCACACUGUGUACCCAGCGAGGCGGACUGGAUCUUUGCAAGUCUACUGUGAUAUGGAUUCAGAUGAGGGGGGUUGGACGGUCUUUCAGAGGCGUGUGGACAAUUCGCAAGACUUCGACUUGAUCUGGGCGGAAUACAAAGCAGGGUUCGGUGACCUCACAAGAAACUUCUGGUUGGGCAACGACGCCCUCAACGAGCUAACAUCAGACCGGGUUUAUCAGUUACGGAUUGAGAUGCAAUCGUUUUCACUGGUCAGCAUGGCCGUCAAAUAUGGACACUUCAGAGUGGCCACAGAGAGUAACCUGUAUAGGUUGGACAUCGGUACAUUCUAUGGAUCAUAUGAUGCAGGUGACUCCUUGGGCCCAACCAAUAGUCAACCUUUCUCCACGAAGGAUCGGGACAAUGACGAUGACUUCAGACACUGUGCCCAGAACUACUUAGGCCCCUGGUGGUACAAAGCAUGUAUAUAUGCCUGCUUGAACUGCCCAUACAUCAACACAGAUUAUGUACCUAAUGUGGGGCAGGGUGUGGUCUGGGGCACGUGGCUAAAUCUUUACCAUUCAAUGAAGUUCGCAGAGAUGAAAAUCAGACCCGUGGAAGCUAUGAAAGGGAAAGACUGCUACGAUUUAUUAAUGAUGGGUGAGACAAUCAGUGGGGUGUAUAACAUCAAUGUUGAAGGUCGAGAUCAACCACUCUCAGUGUACUGUGAAAUGGUAAAUGCUGGUGGCGGUUGGACGGUAGUGACGCAAGUUCCAGUCGUGUACAGCAGUGAUCGAUAUUGGAUAAUGUACCGCAGUAGGUUGUAA